CGUCCCAUGUCCUUUUUUUAGUUUCAGUCAUAUGCACAAACUUUGAAGGAUCCUGUACAUGAGGUUCGGAUAAAAUAUUUGUUGAUCCUUUACAGGAGGAUAAUUCACUGUAUUUAGGUACAGCCACCAUGGGCUGGAUUUUGCACUUCCUGGCUCUUGUCAGUGGACUCUUUGGUUAUGCAGCAGCAGCUCAAGACUGUGGUACAUGUUAUCACCUAAACAUGGGGGUUUUCAUUGGUAUCAUUACCUGUGAUAUAAUUCUCACACUUCUUAUUACUAUCUCUGUCUACUGCUAUGCAUCACGGGAAAAAAACAAGAACAGCUCGCGUCCGCAUAAGAACUCCAGUGAGAAAGACAAAGGAAAAUUCCGGCAAACGUCUAGCAGACCAAAGCAGGUGGAAAUUACAGAGUCACCUUAUCAGGAACUAUAUGGCGUACAGUCAGAUAUAUACAGCGAUCUUCAUCAGUAUCGGAAGUAAUGCAACACCUUAUAAACCAACAAGCUUUACAAUGCGAUUUUAGACAUUGUUAAUUGUUCUGUAAAUUUGUUACUUUGAAUCGUUUACAUUUGAAAUAUGACCAUAAAAUGUUUUGUCAGUGUUUCCUGACACAGCAGGACCAAUAGGCGUUCCGGAGUACAAAAUGUAUGUCUUAAAAUGUAGAUAAUACUGUAUGGACACUUGCUUUUUAUAUUGGUAAUUCCUACGUUCAUCUUACUUUCAUUUUUAUGUAUCAUGUAGCUAAAUACGUAUCUAACGUAAAUUAUUGUAGAAAUGUUUGUAUAUUGAUACAAAUGAUUAAAAACAUUUGUUAA